GGCCUGGCCGCUCGCAGCAGCUUCAUCAUAUGAUGCUUCUACUACAUAGCUGCGUGGACUGAACCGUAAUCUCGGACUAAGGGAACUACGGCAGGUGGAUAGCUCGAGGAAACAAUACAAAAGACGUCCUCAAGAGCUACUCAGAUUCGGACGUGCUUUCGAGAUGGCGUAUGUCUCGCUGUCGGUAUCUCAAGCAGUCGCGCUCUGCAUUGGGUCUUGGAUCCUGUGGCGUGUCCUGAAGGCGCGCUUUGCGUCGUCGCCACUUGAUAACAUACGUGGCCCUCCUCCCGAGUCCUUCGCUGCUGGGAACUAUGGCCAGUUGUACCACCGACAAGGUUGGGACUUUCACAAGCGGCUAUGGGCAAAGUAUGGAUCUGUCGCGAAAGUACACGCAGUGUUUGGGGCACCGUGCCUCUAUAUCUACGAUCCAGCGACUCUGAAUCACCUCUUGCUAUCGGACGCGACUGCCAUUGAGCAAUCAAGCUUCAUUGCGGCGACAUAUCGCCUUCUUCUUGGCCCUGGUCUAAUGAGUUCUAGAGGAGACCACCACCGCCGGCAACGCAAGACUCUCAACCCCGUAUUCUCUCCUCGCAACCUCAAGGGAAUGCUCCCGUUGUUCUACAGCGUCAUUCAUCAGCUCCAAGACGCAAUGCAGAAGCAGCUUCGAAGCGGCGCCAAAGAGCUCGACAUCUUGCAGUGGACGAACCGCGGCGCGCUAGAGGUUAUGGGUCAAGCGGGCCUCGGCUACUCCUUCGACUCGUUCGUAGAGAACCCAAGCAACGACUUCGCGCGCGCUCUGAAAGAGCUCUUCCCGGCGAUGCAACAGAUCGGGUUCGUACGCCAGCUUACGCCGCUCUUCAUGAAGCUCGGCCCACGCGGCUUCCGGCGUCGCCUCGCCGAACUCGUGUCCCGCCCAUGGAAGGCCGCGCGCGACCUCCUCAGAGUCGUAGACACGCUCGACCGGAAGUCGAGGGAGAUCCUGGACACGCGGAGGAGGCUGCUGAAGCAGGGAGACGGGAUACUCGCCGGCCAAGAGGGCGAAGGGAGGGACCUGAUGACGUGUCUGCGUGAUCAGGCGAAUGACCAGGCUGCGGAGGAGGAUAAGCUUACCGACGAGGAGAUUCUCGGGCAAGUGGCGUCGUUCGUGCUCGCUGGGUCAGACACCAGCGGGAUCACGCUCGCGCAGAUCCUGCAAUAUCUAGCGGAGCGUCCCGACGUGCAGGACAAGCUGCGGCAGGAGAUUGCAGAUGCUCGGACGGGUGGUGACUUGUCCUACGAGGAGCUCAUGAAGCUGCCCUAUGUCGACGCUGUCGUGAAGGAGACCCUUCGCUUGAACCCACCGGCCACGCAAGUCUCUCGCCAGCUCUGCAAAGACGUCGUGGCGCCAGUAUCGUCGCCGAUCGUGGGAAAGGACGGUCGACUCAUGAAAGAGAUCGUCAUUCCCAAAGGAACCAUGGUCUUCAUAGGGGUCCUGGCGUCGAACGUGAACCCGGCCGUGUGGGGUGAAGACGCUGCGGAGUGGAAGCCGGAACGCUGGGUUGCGCCACCGCCCAGUAGCUUGGUCGCAGCACACAUCCCAGGGGUUUACGCGUCGCUGAUGACGUUUGUCGGAGGGAACAGAACAUGCAUCGGGCUGAAGUUUGCUGAGAUGGAGCUUAAGGCGAUGCUCUCUGUGCUGCUCGACGCCUUCAGCUUCUCUACUGCUGGCAAAGAUAUUGUAUGGAACCUCGCCACUGUGCGCUACCCGACUGUAGGCAUGGAUGGGAUGAAGCCUGAGCUGCCUCUCGUGGUCACCGCUGAAGAGCAAAGCCUCAUUGGGAUAUCUAUCGAUGAGAGUUCUGGCCUACAUCCGGAUCGGGGACCAUUUCUGGGGGCUGUCGUGUUGUCACGUCCAUAGUAACCAGUUCGAGCCGACCAGUCACUGA